AUGAUGGAUGCUCUACGACCUGAUCAACACGAGAGUCGGCAAGCUACGAUAAAGCCCGCGCAUGCUAAACCUUGCAGGUGGCUUCUUGAGAAGCAGGAAUACGUGAACUGGCUGGACAGCGAUCGCUUCCCCGAGCACCGUGGCUUUCUCUGGAUCAAGGGAAAGGCAGGGAGUGGCAAAUCCACUAUGAUGAAAUUCGCAUUUCUACAGGCCGAUGCAACAGUGGAUGUAAACACCAAGGUCGUCUCAUUUUUCUUCAAUGCCAGAGGGGAAGAUUUGGAAAAAUCAACAUUGGGGAUGUACCGGUCCUUGUUGGCGCAAUUGCUGGAGAAGUCCCAGAACUACAGGUACUUCUAG